UUGCACGGGACAGCGUGGGGGGGACAGGUUCAGUGUGAAAAUAGACGGAAUUCAAUACACACUGUACUGGGCUGACUGGACUGUAUUGUAUUGUAUUGUACUGUACUGUACCGUUCUUUUUGGACGUUACAAACAACAACAAUCAUUUCAAUUACUUUCCACACUGUAUGGAACAAAGUGUUCCAAACAGGCACGCAGUAGUUGCUAGUUUGGUUGGACUCAGUAGGCUGUUGACUGUCAAGUAAGCAUGACAGCCUUGUAUACAUAAGAUUUUUUACUUUGACUUUUGGAAGGAGGUGAAAGUAUAGAAUAAUUGUAAAGCUCCCUUGUUAUUUAAUAUCAAAGGAGUAUAUGGCUCUUAUAACGUUGCGGAAUUAUGGAGAAAGCACAACUACAAACUGUUUAACUGUUUUUAGAGUGAUAUAUUCCUACCCAAUAAUGUUGAUCUCAGUGAGAUUUCAGUGAUAACACCAGAUGAAAUCCAUAAAGCCAUUAUUGAUCUAGAAAACAAGGUUUGUGGUGUUGAUAGUAUUACAGCUGAGCAUUUAAAGCAACACUAGGUAACUUUUCAGUUUUGGUCGAUUUUAGCGACCCAAGUGGACAAAAGUCGUAGUUUUUUGCCUUAAGGAAGACUGCGUUUCCCACGAGGACCAGGGCGAAGUGUCGUAAAGUCAUGGUCUCCCGGUCGCCUGCAGAUGGAAUGAAUGACAUUUCUGUUUCCAGCGGCUUUGUGAAUAGUAAUGAGGUAAUGAAUCCAGGAGUGGCUAAACAAUAGCAUAUGACGAUGUUGAUAAUAAGAAACGUUUGAUUUUGUACUGUAUAUCCCCACCUUCCCUCCAACUUAAUCCCUCCCCCCCAAACCCCUUUUGGGCAUCGUCACACCAGUGAAUGAAAGCAGGGCCAAUGAUUGUUCUUGAGUGUCUUUUUAUCCUGGUAGCCUCCCCUUUUCCUUUUUUUUUUUGUCUCCUCGGCUCGGACAAAAUUUUUUGUCUUUUUUGUUGCUCUGCCAUCUUUGCCAUAAGUGUGCUCUGGAUACAACCAUACAGAAUAGAAUAGCAAUAUUUAUUUCCACUAGUGACAAUUAGUUCAGGUUUAAAAGGAAACAUGGAAAAGGAGACGUGCAUAUUUGCGUUAAAGGAACCAUUACUUAAGUAUCAAAGCCUAAACUCAACAAUGUUUUUGUGCUUUAUUGACUCAUUGAAAGCCUUUGAUCGGAUUAAUCAUAGCAAACUUUUUGUUAUGUUGACACAAAGGGGUGCCCAAAAAUAUCAACCGCAAUCUAGCCUUCUGGUAUGAAGUUCCCUGUUGAUUUCCUGGCUGAUGUCAGCCAGGCUCGGCUUGAAGCAUCAGCUAGAAACUACAUGCACAAUCUCCUUUACAGCAACACAGAUUCUGUUGAAGAAAUAACCCUUUCGGACUCCACCAAGGUCAGUGUAGCCAUUUCCGGGGUAGGCUAUGUUCCUCUGUAUGUUUCCAGUGACAAAGAUAGGACACUGGCCCUCUUUUCUCCUUCCAACCCACUCAAUGCCAUUGCUCUUUACCUUUUGGGCAAGUGGUGGACUGCAGACGAUAUUCUCAAAACCUCUGAUCAUGCUCGAGAUGGGACUUUGACGGUGGAGACAGUUGGCGAAAGAAUUGUGUUAUAUGUUCUGAAUCGGUUGAUCUAUAGAGUAAGGGAGAUCAAUUCAGAAGAUGAAUUUCCAUUCCUCUGCCAUGGGGAGGAGGAUUAUGCAAAGAUUUGCUGGCACAAUGGGGAGGCUGUUGGCUUCUACUCAGUUAAACACUCAGGAUAUCAACUUCCUGUGAUGGAAUCUAUAUUUGUGAGGAAAUGUCAUCGUCGUAAUGGCUUUGGCAUUCACAUGCUGAAGGACUUUGUGCUGAGUUUUGAAGAUGACUAUUUGGGAUUGAGAUAUCCACUCACCAAAGCCAUGUAUAAGAUGUGUGAGAAGUACCUACACCAGUUCCCAGCAGAUGCAGACUUAUUUUGGGAGGUCGAGGGAGAAGGACGACCAAACCAGAGGUUUAACAUUGCCAGUAAGGUUCAGACUAUGGCGUUGACAGAGACUCCAUAUGAGGUCACAAAAGAGGCAGAGAAGGAAGUGACAAUCGCCGCACAGAUAAAAGCAGCUGAGUCUAUUGUGUACACGAUUGAAAUUGCGGAUAAAGUGUUAGUGGGUGGAGCUACUGCAGAUACUGAGGAAACGCCUGUUGGAAGUCAGAGUAGAAGCAGCGCUCAAAAGCCCCAAAAGAAAGCUGACAAGAUUCAAAGGAAUGCAUUUAAAAAAGUUGACAGACGGCAGUAUAUUGAAGCACAGACCCCACAUGAACAUACUUUGGGUGAAUGGAAGAUAACAUCUUUUUCUGAUGAAGCCGUGACUAAGGGAAUAGUUAACAUGCUAGCAGAAGAGAAAGGGAAGAAUGACAUUGCCAUUGCAGAAGUGGCAGAGAUAAGUACUAUUUUAAUUCCACGAGAAGAUGAAGAUGUAACGGAACUCGCUGCAGAGGUGUGUCAAGACCGAGAGAAUCUGACACAGGCUUGCGAUAAUUCUCACAUUGGAAAUAAAAACAUGUCAGAAAUGGAAGGAACUGAGGAGGUGACCCAGGAAAAAGAAAAAGCUAUAGAAGAAAUGGAUUUAGCCAGUGAUCAAAACAUUGGGGUAAAAGCAGAUUUUCUUUCUGAGGUAUCUGAUGAUGAUGACCAAGAUGGGUCCACCCUUUUGCCUUUGAGUGGCCUAAGUAAUGAUCAAGUAAACCCUGUCAAGGCUGUUCAUGAAGAGGAAGGAAAAAGAACUGCUGACGAACUGAGUUCACUGGGGAGAGAUGGUGCUCCAAGGACUGGUGAAGAUGAAGCCAGACCUUUCCUUGAAGAUAACCUGCAAGACAGGAAGAAAGAUAAAAUCACAAAGGGAAUGGCAGAGGCUGUAAUUGUGGAAGCAGAACAUAAGGAGAGCGAUAGAGAUAACUUGACACACGAGCUUGAUACAUCCACUGUUAGUUUGGAAAACAGUAAGACAGACGAAUACCUAAUUGAUCCAGCAGAAACAGAAGCAUCACAGGAAGGAGUCACUGAUCUGCCCAAGCUCCGGGAAGCUAGAGUCAUACUAGUGGACGUGAAAACAGCACACCAUCCACUCAGUGAGAAAGAAGUGGAAAAAUCACCAGCUACGGAGGCUUCUGCUGAAUUAUUAAUUGAAGAAACUGGACCAGAAGUAAAAAAGGAAAAAGACGUGCCCAUUUGUAUUGAAGAGGAACCACUGCCCGAAAAGUCUGAAACAGCAUUGGAGAAAAACGGGCAAGAAGAACCUGACAGUCCAAUUUAUAUGAUUAGAGAAAUGGGCACUUACAAACUAAAAUAUAAUAGUUCUGAAAAACAAAAUGAGGAAAAUGUGAAUGAAGUGGAAGUCAUGCCAGUUGAUGAAGUAAGAGUUCUUAGGAGCGGCAGGAAGAAAGUUGGAACAAGCAAAACUGAAAAACCUCAGGAAGAAGACAAACUUCUUCCUGUAAAAGAUUUCAAUGAAGAUGAUUCCAUUAUGAUUGAGGAAGAGGCUGCAGUUUUAACAAAAGACACAGAGAAGGAUAAACACACUGCAACUUCACUGAUAUCUGUUUCCUUAAAGGACGACAAAGAAACGGUGACAACAAUGGAAACAAAUUCAGUGAGUAUGAUUGUGACUUCAAACUAUGAAUUACAAGCAGAGAAUCCUGUCCCCCCAAGAGUGCAGGAAACAGAACCAACUGCAGCACAAGAACAGAGUGAAGAAAUGGUUUCGGAGAUAUUGGAUCUGAAAACCAUUGCGGUAGUGGUAGUGGAUCAGGGAGUCCAAGAAAAGUUGUUGCCUAAAAUUGGAGGGCAACUUGAGGAAGUGACGGGCAAGGAAACCACAGCAGAGAAACAUGUUACUGAAUCAGACAUUGAGCGGGAAGAGUGUACAGAGGAAACUCUGUACGCUCACGAUGGCAAAGUUGAAGAAAACGACGAAUUCAUUCAGGAUGAACAGCAGAUGUGUGGUCUAGAUAGCAGCCCUGAGGAGAUAGAUGUAGAGCUACAAAUACAAAGUAUAGAUCUAAAAACAAAUGGCAAGAAAGAGAACACUGUCACUGAAGAUUGUCUAAUGGAACAAGAGGACCUUCAAGACACACAAAAAGAGGAACAUCAGGCAACUGAACAAGAAGUUGCAGCAAACAUUCCUGAAGAGGGGAGCACAUUGAAAGAUCCUACACAAGAAUCUAUGAAAACACAAGCUUCAACUGAACAGACCCAAUUAACAAAUGAACAGACCCAAUCUGUACUGGCCAGCGUUCCAUCAGGAGACAGUGUACAGGAGAUACAGGUGGAGAAAGUUACAAAAACAGUUGAUCAGAGUUUUGAAGUGAGACGCUCUGGGAGAAAGAGGGCAGAUCUUGGUAAUCCAGUCGAAGAAAGGCUUCUAAGAAAAAAAAGGAAAUGUUCGGCUCUUUCCACCAUUCAACAUAAACCCCAAAGAGCCUGGAGAUGGCAUCAUAGUCAGAAGGUGAAAAAGGACAAAAUACAGCUAUUCAAUAGGAAAUAGAGGUUGAGCAAAGGCAAGAGCUACUUAAAAAAGCUAAAGUUAAGGAUGAGGAUAAGGUGACUGAACAAAGGGAUAAGAAGAAACUGUGUUUUAGUGGAAAGAAAAUUCGGGCCAAAAUUAUAACACAGCAUGAAACACAGGAAAACGGAUACACAUUUAUUUUGGUGAUAGAAGAGACGGAUCAAAGGGAAACAAGAACAACAUAGAAACAAAAGUACUGAGAAAAACAAAAGUCUACUUCCCUCAACACUCAGCGUAGAGGCAAACGGGCACGCAAACACUCAAACUGAGAAGACAUUUUAGAAGGCAGAAUCGGGAUAUCAAGUGAAGACCAGGACUGGGAGUAGAAAAAAGGGAACCAAACAGAAGGAGAAAAAGAUAUUCAAAUCUCAGAGAUGGAACUCGUUAUUGAUCAAAAAUCACUCAUGAGCAAAAAAACUACUGAUAAAAAGAUCAGUAACAAGCAUAGUUCCCAUGGACAAUGAGGUCCAGCCUCAGAAUGAAACCAAAACACCAAAUCCAUUGACUAAUAGACCUGAAACAUGAAGUAACAGCUUCUUCUAACUUUUGCAGCUAACAAGCAGAAUGUGAAAACAUUUAAAAUCGUCAAAGAAGCAGAAUUAGAAAAACAAACAUCCUCAGAAAGUCAUAAAGAUACAGCAGCACCUGUGAAAAACAAAUGCUUCAAAGUGAACAAAAAACAAUUGUAGACAAAACUGAGAAAAUCCUGAAGCCAAAAACAGUAAGGAUGGAAUACGCUGAGAAUGAUGAGAUGGAGGAAGAUGAACUCAAGAUGUAUGAGGAAUCCAAAAGCUACACGGAAGAGGAAGCUUCUGUCAAUAAGAUCCAGGAGGAACGAAACAAAUGUACCAUGGAACCUGUGUAGAACUUAGGUGCUGACACACAGAAUUGAGGAUCUGACAAUGAAGAGGAAGGGGCAAUAGAUGAAGAGUCGAUUGCAUCAAACAACUUUGUACAACCAACCGUCAUUAGGAAAAUAGCUUUGAGAAGCAGCAGAGUUCCUACUAUAUUCCUACUACCACACUCUGAAACAAGUUGCCGCAGUACGACACCUGAUAGAUUUCAGAGGUCUCUAUCUGAUAAAGGCUGGGAAAAAUCUGAAAAAGGGUCCUUUGUUAGCACAGAAAAGUCACCUACGCCAAAGAACUGUUCAUGAAAUCACUCCAGCUUGCAAGUCUGCACCUAACAACACUGUAUAGACAAAUGUUAAGCCAAGACCCAAGAACUGUUAAUAUUUUUUCAACCUCCAUACCAGGGACUCCAACUGGCCGACAGUGCUUCUAGGCUGGAGCAUUUUUGUUCAUUAGUGAAGAAAUAUUAUUUUCUUAGUGAAAGAUUUUUUGACUAGGCGUUUGCAAGGUCAGCUAUGUCUGGCCCGGGGUCCCCUGAGUGGCAACCCAGAUGGGCAGAUCUCCAAGCGGUCACAACUGUUGUGCUGUUGUUUUCAUGGUACGUGCAAUGAGAAACUCGAUUGAAUUAUGGUGUGGUCUAAAAAUGGAAAAGUGCACUCUGAGGCCGUGUCUACACAUAGCAGGAUUUUUUUUAAAACCGAGGAUCCAGCCCUCGUAUGCCCGGAAAAAAUAUGUCUACACCACCAAGUUUGUAGAAAAAAAACAUCCACAGCCAACAGCAUUAAUCUGUUUUAAAGUACAUUCAUAGCAAUGCGCGAAAAAUAAUUUUCCCUAAUCUUGUCCUCUGCAUGUGUUCCUCAAUAUGAAGCAAUGCCAGAGUUUGAAAAUAAAGAAAAAAACACCUGUCUAAUAAUUAGAUCUAAACCCACUGCGAAGUUUUUUUUUUCAUUUAUUUAUUAUACUUUCACAUAUACAACAUAAGUGGCAUGGUAUAUUGUUGUCGAAAUUUAAACAUAACAGACAAGUCUAAGGAAUAACCAUGAAUCAUACGUCUGAAAUUACAACAAUUUUAUAAUGAACUUCCUUUGCCUUUGGUCAUGAUUUCAACAUCUUUUUUUUUUUUUAAAGGCAUAAUUCAAUUUCUAUUUAAAGAAAAUGGAUACAUGUGAUCCACAAAAAUUUGUCAAAUUUUGACAUCAGGUUGUUUAAAAUCACUGAUAUUAUGCAAAGGUGUCCAUGUUGACUCCAAAUGUAAACAUUGGUCUCGUGACGUAGGAACAACGUUUGUAGCAGAUAGUGACGUUCCCACUGUUAAAUCUUCAGUUAUCAGUGUCCAUAUAACGGCGCUACAAACGCAGAAUUCGCACAUCUUCACUUUGGACGGAGUUUUUAGGAACUCUCGGGGUUUUUUUUUUUUUGUUAACUUUUUUUAUUGAAUUUUCCAAAACCAAACACCCUUACACCCAGUGUAUUGAAAUGACAAACACCAAACCAAAACAAAGCACACCAACCCAAAAGUAAAAAAAUGAAUACAUAGAAUGAAUACAUAGUAAUCCAUAAAUAAUACCACUGAUUUAUAGUAUCAUGGCCUGACCUUCAAUUUCCCCUUAAUCAUCUUGUUCACAUGUCAAAGUUCUUUAAUAUCAUUUUAAAUUGGUGUCCUAUUUUUCCUUUCUAAAGUCUUUCCAUUUCUUCCAUUUGUCUUCGAAUUGUCUUUCUUGUAUUCGUAGUCUUGUAAUUCUCUGCAUUUCACAUAUCUCCUCCACUGUACACAUCCACUGUUCCUAAGUUGGCUGGCCAGCUUUAUACCACAGUCUCGUGAUUACUUUUUUGCUUGCUGUCAGCAACACCUUAACAAGGUACUCAUUGAACUUUUGUAUCGUUUCUCGAGUUAGAGGAACCCUCGUUUUUAAUCCAAAAUGCGCGUGUGGAUAAUAUGCAAAACCAUAGAAAAAGUUCUUUUUGCAAAACACCCUGCUACGUGUACACAUGGCCUGAAACUGCAUCCUUCGAGAUGAGUGGACUGAAGCUUGUGCUUUCACUUUGCCAGCAGCGAGUUUUUCAAGGCUAGUGUGUCUUACAGUAUAUUCAGUCUAGUCUGAGUGUUAAAAGGGCCAAAAAUCAAGCAGCAAUACAAAACAAGGCACAAAACCUUCGACACAAUUUUACUCGUCAGGAUCAGCAAUGAGAAAAUGGGAACUAAGUGGACAAAAAGAACAGUUAUGAGCAUGCAACACGCUGCUCACGAGUGCUCCCUGGAAGUGCAGUUGAUUUUGGGCAAGCACAACAAGCCUUUUAUAUACUCUUGAGUAUACAGAGCCAUAGGCAGAAAAUGUUUUUUGAGCAUCUUAAAAAAGGUCCACCAGAUUCUCUUAUCUUUGUCCAAAAAUGUAUGCUUUUUGAGGUACUUUUUUUUUUUUUUUGCCUGUUGCACUUUUCAAGUCAAACACUUAUAUACACCACAAUGUUAAAAUGUAUGUGAAAGAGUGUGUUUUUUGUCAGUUAUCCAUUUUCUUUUAAUGAUCUUAUGAUUUUAAUUUUCUCGCCCUGGCCUGGGCUACUUGGCUCAUUGAGUUAGUUGACCUCCUGCCAAUUUAGUUGGGGAGCCGUAGUCUAUACAUUCAAGCCUGCUCUGCGCUUGAAGACUUAACCUUAAAGAAACGUAACACAAUUCAUUAACGACUUCAGCAAAACUCUGUAUACAGAGUUCAAACCUUCAAGAUAGAACAAUCCAAAACAUGUUUUCUUCUGACUUAUUGGAAAGGUGGGGGUAAGGCUUUUUCAUGCAUAUUUAAUUCUUAGCUCUUGCUCAAUCUGUUUUUUCACUGCCCAAAUUUCAUUACACAUGAAAGUAAAUUGUCCACGCAUGAAAGUAAAUUGUCCAUCACAAUAUACAGUUAGAGAUUCUGCAAAACCUAAGGACAGUUUACCAUGUGUUGUAUAUAUUGGUUAUUUAAUUAUAGUUUUAUGGACCCCAGCUAACUACCUGACCAAUCAACUUAAAAUGUUAGUUGCUUUUUUCUUUUAUCUCAGACAUUUAGGUUUUUAUUUACCCGACAUAUUGCGGCGACUUCCGCCUUCAUCAGAGUGUCACUGGUGUUGGUGUGACGUGUCUUUAUCAGCUGAUGGAUGAUAGCGUGACUCACCUGUGAGAUUUGACAGGUGAGUCACGCCCUCUGCUGACCAUUCCGUCCUCCGGGAUGCUGGUACAGGUAGCAGAGAGCAUGUACGCCCCCUCGUCCUUGUUGAUGGUCCUCGGGCCUCGCUUGUGGAUUUCAAUGGCCUCCCUGAUCCAGCGCCGAUGUUUGUUUUCUUCGGUGCGGAUGACUCUGGGCUUUGCCCAGUCCAUAAUGUGGUUUUCCCUUUUGCAGUGGUCGGUGAUGGCUGACUUGACCUGUGGUGUUCGUGUUGUGCCUGUUCUUUUAUUGCUGUUGUUUGUCUUGUUGCUGUCUCCUUCUCACACUCCUUCUUGUGUUUUUUUUUUUUUUUUCUUGGAAUAAAGCUCCUCCCUGUCUCCGCAAUGUAUAAUUUAUUGCAUGAUUAGCAUGGAAUUUCUUAUAAGGAGUUGCAUUUGUUUUCUGGGUGGACCAGCAUCCUGGAGGAGUGAAUGGUCAGCAGGGAACGUGACUCGCCUGUCAAAUCUGACAGAUGAGUCACGCUCUCAUCCAUCAGCUGAUAGACUCGUCACACCAAAACCAGUGACAUUCUAAUGAAGGUGGAAGUAGUCGCCGUAACAUGUCAGGUAAAUAAAAACCUAUAACGAUUGUCUGUGAUAAAAGAAAAAAUUUAAUAAGUGUAGACAAAAUGAACUCGAUACAACAACUUAAACUGUUAUCACAUUUGUUUCCACUUGUACUUGUGAACACACUAAACCAAAAUAGGCCCGUUUCAGUUCCAACAUGGUUUUGCUGUAAUGUUCAAACAAAGAUUUUAAAAAAUGUCAAAUGAGUCGUUUAGACCAUCUUAAACCAAAUGAACACCCACAAACAAUAUCAAAACUUUGAAAUGGGCAACAGAGGCUGAUCACUGACUUCUAUCACAUUCAGUAAAGUCUUUUCACAUUCAGUAAAGUCUUUGCACUCUGAUCUUUUAUUGAAUUUGUUCAGAGCCAAUGAAAUUAUUUUUUAGAUGGGGUUACAUUUAAAGAAAAUCAGAAAACUCGAAAUGGGUAGCAUUAGAAUUUGUGUAGAAUUUUAGGAGAUGAGUUUUUCAUUUUAUUGUAUUGUCCUCUUUUGUCUUAGACUAGACUAGAAUAGACUAAUUAGCUACACUUUUCCAAUACUUUAGAGGGGAGUGUACAUCUGGCAUGAACAUGUUUUACUUGUAAAAGACAUUAUAAACAUUAGACAUCCAAUUAUUCCAUUUAUAUUACUAACCUUGAUUAUAACAAUUGCAGAUGAUAAGUGUUUUGUUGGUUUUUGAUUUGAAAAAACAAACAAAAGGUAUUUAGUAUUUUACCUUGUCUAUUUUAAUUCCAUACAUAGUAAUAAUACCUCUGUGAGAAUUAUGAGUUCUAAAGCCAUAUAAGGAUUUACUACCCCCCGUUUAUUACGUGCACCGGUGCUCCUUCCACAAUUCUUGAAGAUUUGACUCAAUCUCACUAGCAAUGCAUAUCCAAUUUCUCUUCAACUGGACAUCAACAUAAGCUUAAUAGGCUAUGCCAAUAUCUGUAGCUGUGAAUGAAAAAUGUAAAUAAAAUUCAACUUUAUGCAAGUUACUCUAA